GCAGGAAAAGAGGCUCAAGCGCUAGAGGCACGUGAAUAUCUAUGAUGGAAGGAGUAGUCCAAUGUAUGCAUCAGUAUAUUUAUACAUGAGUAUGUUUUACGUACAUACGUGCUCUGCGUUUAUUUGGGAGUAAUGACGAACGGGACCUCUUAGUUUUCACACCACGUGAUCAUAGUAGAAGCGGUUAAUGGUUGGUUGUUAAGUACCUUUAACCGUUUCAAUUACAGCUAAGUAAAAGUGAAACUGGAACUCUACGGCUAAAAUCUAGUUGUCACUGUUGUACAACUCCAGUAAGUUUUAGUUUCACAAUAGUGUUUCAUCAACUCAACAAUGAAUCAUGGGUGUCAGAAUAGAGACUCUGGAGCCUCAAUGAUGAGCAUAAUGAAUCCUCAUACUCCUCAUGGAGGAAGUGGGGGCCCUUUGGUCCGCAUGCAGUCACAGAUUCUCCCUCCUCAUCAUGGUGGUCCCCACCAUCAUCAUCAACUACCAACAUCAGGAUCCACAGGGGGGCGCAGCUGUGCUGGAUGUGGAGGUAAAAUUUUGGACCGUUUCCUGUUACACGCCUUAGACAGAUAUUGGCAUACCGGAUGUUUGAAGUGUUCUUGUUGCCAGGCGACGCUAGCAGAUAUCGGUAGUUCCUGUUUCACCAAAGCAGGAAUGAUAUUGUGUAAAAAUGACUACAUCAGGAUGUUUGGACACAGUGGAGCGUGCAGUGCCUGUGGUCAGGUUAUCCCAGCCAAUGAGUUUGUCAUGAAAACGCAAGGAAACGUCUACCAUUUGAAGUGUUUUGCCUGCGUAAAGUGCCACAAUCAGUUAAACCCGGGUGACCGUUACAACUUGGUCAAUGGUAACGUGCUUUGCGAACAAGACUGUCUCAAGAUUUUGAAAGGUGGAUCAACGGGUACAGGAGGAACUACACGAAAGGGAAAGGUGCGAGCUAAUUCAGCCAUAAAGGCCGUGUGAGUGACGUUAAGCCUAAUUUCUCUGCCCAGCUACCUGCAUGGCUCAAUACUGUUCCAUUUUUCUGGCUCAAAAACUACGUAAUUACUAUUUUAAAAAAGUGAAAAUAUAACAGUUUUCUCACCUAGUUGGACCUCCAAGACUACUAGAGUAGGACCCUACAUACUCCGUUGUAUUCAGAUCACAUGCACAUUACUACACAUAAUCUCACAGGAUUAAUACUAAUUGUAUCUCCUCAUUAAUGUUGAAUAAUAAAUAACUGAAAACUUGUUUUACAAAAACAAGCGCGUUAUAGUAUUUUUACAAAACUGUGUUAUGCUACAGAAUUUGUAAUGUUCAUUUAGAAAAACGUGGCGUUGUGUACAUCACUUCAAUCUUGUAUUAAGCUCAAGUGUGACUAUAGUAGAAUAAGACUGUGUUAUUACUAUUGAUGUGUUAUAUACAGAGUGUCCAGUGAAGUAAAGUGCAGGCUUAUCAAGUUGGAAGAUAAUACGUCUACUGUACAAAUUAUAACUCAGUGCUAACAUAAAAAACACUAAUCAUAAAAAAAGAUUGAAGUCCAAUUACUUUCAAAAUAGUGUUUUAAAAAUCAAUAAGAACAUUGCUCCUAGAAUAAUUGUUUUGCACAGAAAGUAAUUUUUUCAUAACGAGAAACUAUAUCAAGGCCAGUGAUGCAGCUAGCAAAAUACAUUACAUACAACAAGAACUGUGAACAUUUUCCGUUUCAGAGUUGGAAACAUUGAAUAUUUUACUUCUGUGCCAUCAAUUUUAAAAUAUCGGCUUCUUUAUUCUAUUGUUUCAGUUGAAUUAACGUAACGAUAAAAUAUGGACAAAUGGUUCUUUGUGGCUUGGAUGUUGAAAGUAAAAUAUUGGUGAUUCAAAGUUAGCAGUUUGAAUAUGACAGCACUGUAGAAUAUAAAUAUUAUUUAUAAUGAUAAAGUACGGGGAAAAUAAUGUGCUUAGAAAGUGUCCCGUAUAACAAAAAUGUUUCGUAAAUGUUUUAAGUUUUUAAUAAUUGGAUUUAAAGUUGUUUGUUCCCCAAUUCCAGUUUGGUGAUAAGAACAACAGUUAAAGAUUUAUUUAUACCCUAUAGUUUGCAGUAAUAAGCAAAAGUUACCAUUAGUUAUGCCUUUUAUUUUAUAAGCACGUAGAUGAUGGUCUGAUGUUGGAGAGUAGCUCGUCGUUCUACUAAGUGGCGUCGUAAAGAAUAAAAAAAAAAAAGAGAGAAAGAAAGAGAGAAAACUGAAAAAUGGAAUGCAUAUUUAUAGUGUUAUAAACUAUAUCACAAUCGAACCAGCUAAGAGACAGGGAUGAAAGGAUAGUGAUGUACAGGAUUCACAGCUGGAUAGCAUGACCCACAUGCAUUGUUCUGUGCAUUGGCGUUGUUCAUGGCUAACCCGAUGAAGAAUCGCGGGUAACUGACGUUAUGACAGCUUCAGUGUUUGCCUUUUAAGUCAUCACAAGUUUACGGAACAGAGACCCCCCUAAAAACACAGCACUUUCAAUAAGCCCCACAAAAUAGAGUCAUAUCACGUUCGGGUGAGUAAGCUGGAUAUGGGAAACUUGAUUUCAUGAAGAUGAAACGAAUAAUGAUGCUGGACCAUUGUUACGCCCUCUUCGACAGUAGUGUUCGUUGAAUAAUGAUGCUGGACCAUUGUUACGCCCUCUUCGACGGUAGUGUUCGUUUAGCUAAUAUUUUUCAUUGUCUUUGUACUGUAGAAUCUCACUACUCAUCUAUAUAUGAAACCAGGGGCUUUAUUGUUAUUUCAGUUCUCUCUUUUUGGGAGGGGGGCCUACGUAUAAGAAUGUAUUGAAAUAAAUAUUUUGAAUAACUUCAAAAGUUCUGACGAAUUAUAGAUAUUAUUAAACAUAUAGCGAUUGAGUGUAUAGUAACCUUCAAAGAAUACUUUGUUAAUAACGCUGUUAAAACAUCAGCUAAAGGGGGAAACGCCUUUAAUUUCUCCUGUUAUUUCAAAACACCAAAGCCUAAAGAAUUUUUUGUAAUAUUCUGAGUGUGGCUGCUGUUUUUGUCAGUUUUGACGACACUUUUGUAAUAGACCUAUACAUUAUACACAUAUAAAAAGUUGAAAAACUUGAAUUUCAUGUUGUGCAUAAUAUUUACCAGUGAUCGCUGUUUAGUUUCUUUAUCGAUAAUCUGAAUGUUAUUUGCCAUCUUUCCAAUAAUACGAUGCAAAGCUCUUGUCUGUGUACUUCUCCCGUUACCAUAGCUACAGAGCGCACAUUCUUUGGUGUGCAACCCAUAUCUUAACUUUACAUUCCAAAAAGAAAUAAAACCUACAACUGUUUGUGCAGAGCUUUA